AACGACUCCGACUUCACCAGGGCUGAGCUUGAGCUCUCAAUCAAAUCCCAGAGACGAGUAGGAAGCUCUGUGGAGACAUGUAAGAUGGCAGAGCUGCAGAUGUUACUAGAGGAAGAAAUUCCAGCCGGUAAACGAGCUCUCGUAGAGAGUUACCAGAACCUCACGAGGGUCGCGGACUACUGUGAGAAUAAUUAUGUUCAGGCACAGGAUAAGAGGAAAGCCUUGGAGGAGACCAAAGCCUACACCACCCAGUCCUUGGCGAGCGUGGCCUAUCAGAUCAAUGCCUUAGCCAACAAUGUCCUGCAGUUGUUGGAUAUCCAGGCCUCGCAGCUGCGCAGGAUGGAGUCCUCCAUUAACCACAUAUCUCAGACAGUGGACAUCCACAAGGAGAAGGUCGCCCGGAGAGAGAUUGGCAUCCUGACGACAAAUAAGAACACAUCAAGGACUCAUAAGAUCAUCGCUCCUGCCAACAUUGAGCGGCCGGUGAGGUACAUCAGGAAGCCCAUCGACUUCACAGUGCUGGAUGAUGUCGGCCAUGGAGUGAAGUGGCUUAAAGCCAAGCAGCACGGCAACAAUCAGUCAGUCAGAGGAGGAACCCUGUCCAGGACCAAUCCGCCAACACAGAAACCUCCCAGCCCACCCCUGCAAGGACGAGGCACUCUUGGGCGUAACAAUCCUUAUAAAACGCUUGAGCCGGUGAAACCUCCAACUGUUCCCAAUGACUACAUGACGAGUCCAGCUCGCUUGGGCAGCCACCACAGUCCAGGACGCACCGCAUCUCUCAACCAGAGACCCAGAACCCACAGUGGCAGCAGCGGGGGAAGCGGCAGUCGAGAGAACAGUGGCGGCAGCAUCGGCAUUCCCAUCGCUGUGCCGACUCCCUCCAUUCCCAACUCAGUCCCAGUCGAACCCUCAUGGGCUGCUCCCCCCCCAGCCCCUCCUCCUCCACCCCCUCUCCCCGGUCAGGGUCCACCAAUGCCAGCUGCUGCUAUAGCUGUGGCUGCUGGGCCGGGUCUCGGGCCAAUCCCCAUGUCCCAGUUCGGCACGAUAUCUCGGCAGAUCUCCCGACACAACUCCAACACCUCGUCCGCCGUCUCCAUGGUUUCCGCCACAGGAACAUACCGCCGAGCCCCGUCCGUGUCUUCCCAGUUCUCCUUGCAGCAGCCGCACGUUAACGGGGGCACAAACGCAAUGUGUAUGGCCCCUCCUCCUCCACCCAUGCCCCAGCUCACCCCACAGAUCCCACUCACAGGCUUUGUGGCCAGAGUUCAGGAAAACAUUGCAGAGACCCCGACUCCACCGCCGCCCCCUCCCCCUGAUGACAUCCCCAUGUUCGACGAGGCUCCGCCCCCUCCUCCUCCUCCUCCAGUGGACUAUGAAGAUGAAGAGGCAGCUGUAGUGCAGUACAGUGACCCCUAUGCAGACGGAGACCCUCAGUGGGCCCCCAAGAUCUACAUGGAGAAAGUGGUUGCCAUCUACGACUACAUCAAGGAUAAGGACGACGAGUUGUCCUUCAUGGAAGGAGCCAUCAUCUACAUCAUCAAGAAGAAUGACGACGGCUGGUUCGAGGGAGUGAGCAGCGGCGUCACCGGUCUGUUUCCCGGGAACUACGUGGAGUCCAUCAUGCACUAUGCCGACUGAAAAUCAUAUAUACCCAAACAUUGAAAUCGUGAACAGUGUAAACCGCGUGCAAAGAUACAUGUUUGUUCCUGACAAACGGCGGAUCGUGAAAAUCUAUGAACUUUACUUUGUGGUGAUGGGUGGAUGUGGGCGAACGGGAGGGAGCAACUAUUCGGAGGAAGUCAGUGUACAUAAAAUGAAAGUUAGCCUGUGGGGUUUCCGUAGUGAAUGUCAAUCACAUUAUCUUCAACAGUCAAUACAACAUGUGACCAUGUAAAGUAGAUGAUUGUCACCGUUUUUUUCUUUUGACAUUUCCAACUGAAAGUCGACCAUCACUCAUCUAAUAGACGAAUUAAUUUUAGCGUUUCAUCUUAAAGCACCACGUCAUCGCCCCGAAGUGUAUCAUCGAAAUCUUAACGUAAAGCAUGCAUACAAAAUAUGUAUUGUAACCUAAACGUUCAAUUCCAUUCAGCUUCCAUCUUUGUAUUAUUUACAGAACACUUUAUUUUAAAUAUAGGCAUUUGUAGACUACUUAUGUUUAUGCUCUAAUUUUUAGUGAAACGUUGAUAUAAAUUUCUUUAUUAAUUUGGUCAAUGAAUGCGAAGCACAGAACUUUUUUCAUUUGUUUCAACAACGUCUCCCUCCAUGUUCAUAUUUUUAGAGUAUUUGCUACAAUGAACAAACAUGAAUUCUAUGUAGAUAGCUUGAAUACGUAAGCUGUAAAGUAUCUAAAGGUCUCUAAUCAGUACAAAUCACAAUUCUUCCAAUGCUGGACUCAUUUAGACGUGUCGGGAGUAACUGGCCCGGCACAGAGAGCAAUGAACGGAAAGGUCAAGUUUCUGGCCUCGGGUCUGGCUUUAAUCACACCUCUCUUCAUCUGUUUUUCGCUCUUUGAGCUGUCGUUCUGUCUGAGAAACGAUUACUGAGAUUUCACUCAUCUGCGUCUGACCUCUGUCAGUCAUUUCAGGAGUUUAAAGCUAAUGCCUUGAGACUUUUUUUGUCAUACUGAAACAUUUGAAGUGUUCCAACUGAAUUCCAUCUGCGCUGAAGCUCGUCUCGGCCCAGAAUUUGUAUUUAUAAUGUUAAUUGAAAUUUAAUUGUACAGUCUUUUAUAAUAAAUCAUUCUAUGUAAAA